AUGUCUGUGGAUGACGACACGAUCACGGCCAUGAGGGUUAUUGAGAUCGGAGCAUUUCUGUACAUCAAAAGGCCAACGACCCUCGAGAUGCUGAGAUGCCUGUGGCAGCACGUGGCGAGGGAGAACGCACGUGCGAUGAGAGAGCGCGAGAGGCUAAUGGCGGCCAACCACGUCACUCCUCCACGUGGCAUCGAGUUUCGCGAGAUGACUCAUCAUCUCGAAGAAAACCCUAGCAGUGUGGGGCCCAACAACUUGUUCGCGAUCGCGGCGAGGGAGAAGGGGAAAUUUAAGAAAGGUUAUUACCAUAAGGGAAGGCAAGUUGAGGAAGAAUACAACUCGGAUAAUAAUGUGAGUGCCCAUGGAAAGGUUAAGAGAAAGGUUUGUACCGAGUGGACUCAGGAACUACACGAGAAAUUCAUGGAUGCUGUCGAACAACUCGGAGAAGGAAGGUGCUUCCCAAAGGAGAUAUUGGAGUUAAUGAACGUGCCGGGACUAACAAGAAUGCAAGUGGCAAGUCAUCUUCAGAAAUGUCGCAAUGACAACUGGCGAUCCCCCGUUGAGCGAAAGUUGACCCUAGGGACCCAUCCCAUGUCGUCUGAUGGAGAAGGGUCCCACCAAAAGCCAAGGCGGUUCGGGUCCAUGCCCCGAGUAGAAAAGGCUCCUUCGGACAGUCAAGGCAGCGGGGGCGGGCAGGGAUCGAGAAGUGAAACGGGAGCUAGGGUUACUGAAACAGUGAUGGUUAACCAAAUCACAUAUCAACAGCAUUAUGGUGCAUUGGUUCCUCAUCCAGACAUUAUUGAACCAGGCAUAAACCCUUCCAACCAAUUAGCUGAUGGUUUCUUUAAUUUAGAUACAGAUUGCAUGAUCCAGAAUUUCUCUGCUCUACCUCAAGGAUUUGCAGGCAUCACUCAUUCUCAAUUCAGCUCCAGACCUCUCUCUUUUGAGUCGGUCUACGUCCAUAACCAGACAAACUCGAAAGCCGCGAGCAUGGACAGCGGGAGCCAGUGGACUGGUUCGGAAAAUUCGAACUUUUGCAGUGGUGAUUCGCAAACCAAGCCAAAUUGA